AUGGGUAUCGAUCUCGACCGCCACCACGUGCGGGACGGCCACCGCAAGGCCCCCAAGAGCGACAAUGUCUACCUCAAGCUUCUCGUGAAGCUGUACCGCUUCCUGGCUCGCCGCACCGACGCCAACUUCAACAAAGUCGUUCUCCGUCGCCUCUUCAUGUCCAGAAUCAACCGCCCUCCCGUCUCCCUGUCCAGAAUCAUUGCGAAGACCGGCACUGAGACCGCGCAGAAGGCCUACAAGGGUCAGACUGUUGCAAUUGUUGGCACCGUCACCGACGAUGUCCGCAUGCUCAAGGUCCCCAAGAUGUCUGUCGCUGCUCUGCGCUUCACCUCCUCCGCCCGUGCCCGCAUCGAGGCCGCUGGUGGUGAGUGUCUCACCUUCGAUCAGCUCGCCAUGAAGGCCCCCACCGGCAGCAACGUCGUUCUCCUCCGCGGCCCCAAGAACGCCCGUGAGGCCGUCAAGCACUUUGGCAUGGGUCCCCACAAGCACAAGAAGCCAUACAUUGAGAGCAAGGGUCGCAAGUUCGAGAAGGCCAGAGGUCGGAGACGGUCCAAGGGUUUCAAGGUGUAA